AGACAUCUUGGCAUGGCCUCGACCAGUCCUUCCUCCUCUCGACUGCUACAUUGACAACGAUAACCUGAAUGGCAACCCGCCCUAGAGAGGACGAUGAAGAGUCUCUAACAGAGGGAAUGGUACUCGGUAUACUCGAGUUCAAAGCACCGGUCUACGUCUUGGUGGCGUGGUCUCCCAGCGAGAUGAAUGGCGAAACCGAGCCAUGUGCUAUGCUGCUGGCCACGGUCCCUCUAUAUCGAGGCAGCUACCAAAACUAUCUGAUACAAUAGCAACCAUGGUCUUGGAUUUUUAGGAGUUUUCGACAUAUUAUAUGCUAGGGAGCUUGAAAUCGACUACUCUAUGGGUGAGAGAAUAUGAGUCGGUACAUAGGUCCAUAUCGUCCGACUUGGGAACCCCUGUUUGAUCUCUUCGGCUCUUUUGAUCCGGAUCCAGUUGUGCAGAAGAUGAUAAAUGAGGCUAUGGAGCGUGCUCAUUUUCACGGCAAGGAUUGGGCUUAUAGACGAUUGAACAAGUCGGAAAAACUCGGCUACAUAAGGAAUCCUCCGCCACUGGCUUGGUGUAUCUACCAAGUUCCUGGGCCCAGCAGUGAAUCGAUCUACCAGCUGUAUCUAAAUGACUGCUUUCUGGCCGAGAGCGUAGUGGCCGAAUGGGGCGUCGCUAGGAGGGAUGUAGAUACUGAGAUAAGGCAGGACAUAUUAAAACUGCCAAGUCCUGAGGAGACCGGCCAUACGGGCAAGUUCGGGCAUGAUAUUAAUAUAAGGCAGAAGCCGAAACGGGGACAUCUAUUUUUCCGAGGAGAACCUAGGAACACGAAAAGGAACGUGGUGGGUCAGAUGGUCGAGUGUAACAAGUACAUCAUAGAUUUUUCCCGUCCUAUUGCUAUGAGGAGUCUGAUCCCCCCGAUACUACCGGCGGUUCGGUCGGCCUUGCAGGACAUCAUCGACUUCUCAGUAGAGUACGCCUCGGAGAGGGGCCUGGAUCCGGACAGCGCGCUGUCAUUCCGAAUACUAGUGAAAAUGGCGCAGCAACCCUGGCAUGUUGACGAUGAGACAGUUAAGGAAGGAGUCCGUGUUGUUAUGGAGUGGCUCGGCACGCGGCUCUUGGCCCGCUAUUGGGACUAUAUCACGGUAGAUGCAACUCGCGUACGCUCCCAUGCCCAGCUUCCACACUUUGAGCGGCAAGGCCUCGGUGGUGCCGUUUGCGUGUCUCCCCAGCAACUAGAGGCGAGCCAGGGAUCCCCUUUUUAUUACGAUUCGAGGCAUCCUCGCUCAGUCAGAGUACCGUUGGAGUGUCCACCGUUUCAGCUGUGGGAGCGCUUCCCGAAUACAGCGUUCGGAUGCGAGGAGAAGACGGGUGCGGCGCGGCAAGUAUGGGUGACAUUUGGGUACCGCCUUACUGAUCACCCUUCGAGAACUGAGACUUCGAGGCUUCAGGAGGAGUUGUCUUGGGCUAAGCCCGGCCUUUGCUUCAUGGCCGAGACCUAAUUCAGAGGCGGCUUUCGGACUGUCCAUAUGUGGCCUGGAUUUACCACUAUUUGAGUUU